CCUCCAUCUUUUGCGCUUCAUUCCACCUUCGAAGCACAAAGACACACACAAACCACCAUGGCAGCCCCAUCAACGACCCGCCUGCGGUUCCUCUGCUCGUCGCGUCGAGUAACCGCCGCCGCCGCCGCCGCCGGCACCGCAUAUCCCGCGCUCCACCUCACUCGCACCUACGCCACGACGGAGCCCUCCUCUGCCACCGACACAGCAGCAACCCCCACGCACGCCCGACGCCGCACCACCUUCACCGACCGGCUAAACGCAGGCCCGUCCUUCUCAGACUUCGUCUCAGGCGACCAAGACAGCAUCGCAGACCCCAACGAAGCGUACGCCUUGAAGACAGCACUCGUCGGCCCAGCAGGCCGCAAGAAGGAGAUGACGAGACUGCCGUCAUGGCUGAAGACACCGAUCCCAGACUCAAAGAACUACCAACGCCUGAAGAAGGACCUGCGGGGCCUGAACCUGCAUACCGUGUGCGAGGAAGCACGGUGCCCGAACAUCUCAGACUGCUGGGGCGGCAACGACAAAUCCGCAGCGACGGCGACCAUCAUGCUGAUGGGCGACACCUGCACACGGGGCUGUCGAUUCUGCAGCGUCAAGACCUCUCGGCGACCCCCGCCGCUCGACCCCCACGAGCCCGAGAAUACCGCCGAGGCGAUCUCGCGCUGGGGUUUGGGCUAUGUCGUGCUCACCAGCGUCGACCGCGACGACCUGGUCGACGGCGGCGCCCGGCAUUUCGCCGAGACCGUCGCCAAGAUCAAGUCCAAGGCGCCCUCCAUCCUCGUCGAGUGUCUGACGGGCGACUACAUGGGCGAUAUCGAGAUGGUGAAGCUGGUGGCGCGGUCCGGGCUGGAUGUGUAUGCGCAUAACGUCGAGACCGUCGAGGCGCUCACCCCGUUUGUGCGGGACCGACGCGCGACCUUCCAGCAGAGUCUGCGGGUGUUGGACGCCGCGAAGCAGGCUCGUCCGGAUCUGAUCACUAAGACCUCGUUGAUGCUCGGCUUGGGCGAGACGGAUGAGCAGAUCGGUGAUGCCCUCCGCCAGCUGCGCGCCGUCAACGUCGAUGUCGUCACCUUCGGUCAGUACAUGCGUCCCACGAAGAGACAUAUGGCUGUCCAUGAGUACGUCACCCCCGAUCGCUUCGAGAUGUGGCGCCAGAAGGCCCUCGAGAUGGGUUUCCUGUACUGUGCCUCUGGUCCUCUGGUCCGCAGUAGUUAUAAGGCUGGCGAGGCGUUCAUUGAGAACGUGCUUAAGAAGAGGCGCGCUGGCGGUACGGUGGGCGCGGAACCCGUCGAGAAGAAAGUUCCCGUUCAGGAGGUCGCGCGGUGAUGAACCCGGCGGAGCGGCUUUGACGCUAUCUCUCUCUCUUUGAUUGUCUACUUUUUUUGCUGUGCUUGGUGUGCGGUUCUCGGCGUAGGUUAGCAUGAUUCGGUUGCGGUUAUAUCUAUCUUUGGUAUCUGGUUGUGCACUGUUGCUUUCUACAUAGAUUUUCGAAAAGGUUGGGGAUAAAUCGGUUGACGGUUGGCUUAGCUUUGCUCAACCAAAUUCCAAUAUAAUGUCAAAACAUGUAUAUUCAUUUCAAUGUGAUAUCUC